AUGCUUAACCACAUUUUACCUGUCAUUGUUUUCUUCCCCAUUAUUUUAUUUCCACAUUUGUUAACGUGCACCCAAGUACUCUUGUUAGUUACCAUCAUCAUCACUGUUUCUUCUUCCUUGUACUAUAUUUACACAUCAAUAUAUCAAACAUUUUCUUACAUACUUAGAUCGAUUCGGUUCACGAUGAGCAGCAACGGAUCACAGUUUGGGGACACUACGCUGACCAAAGUGUUUGUUGGAGGUCUUGCUUGGGAGACUCCGAAGGACACACUGAGAGAACAUUUUGAAAAGUACGGGGAAAUCCUUGAAGCUGUUAUCAUUUCUGAUAAGGCUACUGGCAGAUCCAAAGGCUACGGGUUUGUGACUUUUAAGGAAGCAGAGGCGGCAAACAAGGCUUGCGAGGAACCCACUGUCAUAAUCAAUGGCCGUCGAGCCAACUGCAAUAUCGCAUCUCACGGUGCUCGCCGUCAGAAGUCUCCUCUUCCACCGCCAUACACCCAAGGAACCAAGAACCGUGAGAGCCAGCAAGUUCAGUGGUAUUAUCCGGUGGGAACACCCACACCUGCACCUCCUUCUCCAUUCCAUCAUCACGCCAUUCCUUUUUACGGGUAUACGCCAACCACCACCUACAUUGCACCAGAUCAUAUGAAUUACAGUUACAAUUACAAUUACAAUCAGAAGCUGAACUAUGGAAUGGGUGGGGUCUAUGUUUACCCGACCCGGCAGGGUAUUGUGCCAGUGAUGCAUCCUUUCUACAGAACCGAAACUAUGGGUGUACCUGCACCUCAAAUCUUCCAUCCACUACCACCUAAUUAUCCUCCUUCCAUCACUCCUACUCCUACUACAGGUGAAUGUUUCAAAAGAGUAGUCGUAUGA